ACAUGGUUAUAUGUCACAAAAUAACAUUCGAUAAUGGAACAUGGAAUAAAGCGACGGCCGCAGCAGCAGCAGCUGCAGCAACAGCCCCAGCCGCCGGGAGAGGCUUUGCUGCAAUGAACCCCACUGCCCGGAGGUAAGAUCUCAGCGAGGCCAGAGCGCUCUCUGUCUCUCCUCCACUCGGCCAGUCCCUCCGAGCCUCCUGCAUUGGAAUUGGGAGGCACAGUCCCUAAGAGAAGAGGUCCAGCUGCCAUCUCUCUGUUAAUAGUAGCCUCUCCUUUGCCAGCUUCCUGCGGCAGCCAAGAGUGCAAUGGAGAAAGCUUCCUUAUGUAUGGGGCACUGAUCCCGGUGACCAGACAUACCCCGAGGGUGCUCACUCACUCACUUCUCCCCACACUCUCCCCCAACCAUCCUCCCACCCCACCAUGACUGGCUCCACAUCCAGCGCUCACCACUGCCCCCACCCCAAGGGUGGCAAAGGAACGCGGUCCAGGAGCACUCACGCCCGAUCGAUGUGCCUCACCAACAAUGGGGGGUCGGAGGAGGAAGACAAAGAAGGAGGGGUGUUGUUUCAUGUCAACAAGAGCGGCUUCCCGAUUGACAGCCACACCUGGGAACGGAUGUGGAUGCACGUGGCAAAGGUUCACCCCAAGGGAGGAGAAAUGGUGGGGUCCAUCAGGAAUGCUGUCUUCCUGGCAAAACCUUCAGUGCCCCCAGUUCCAAACUACAGGAUAUCCAUGUCAAUCCCAGAAUGGCUUCACGCGAUCCAGAAUUACAUGAAGACUCUACAAUAUAAUCACACAGGGACGCAGUUCUUUGAAAUUCGAAAAAUGAGACCACUGAGUGGGUUGAUGGAAACAGCAAAAGAAAUGACUCGAGAAUCUUUACCUAUCAAAUGUCUCGAAGCUGUAAUCCUGGGCAUAUACCUAACAAAUGGGCAACCUUCUAUUGAGCGAUUCCCCAUCAGCUUUAAAACCCAAUUCUCAGGAAAUUACUUCCAUCAUGUCGUCCUGGGGAUCUAUUGCAAUGGCCGCUAUGGCUCCCUGGGCAUGAGCCGGAGGUCCGACCUAAUGGACAAACCUCUGACCUUUCGGACUCUGAGUGACCUCAUCUUUGACUUUGAAGACUCCUACAAGAAGUACCUACACACAGUCAAGAAAGUCAAGAUUGGGCUGUACGUCCCCCACGAGCCCCACAGCUUCCAGCCCAUCGAGUGGAAGCAACUGGUUCUCAAUGUCACAAAGAUGAUGAGGUCGGACCUAAGGAAAGAGCUGGAGAAGUAUGCCAGGGACUUGAGAAUGAAGAUCUUGAAACCUGCAAGUGCCCACUCUCCUCCCUUGGAGAGAAGUCGUGGAAAGUCACUGUCUCCCCGGCGGAGGCAAUCAAGCCCUACGAGACGGCUUGGGAGGCGAGACAAAUCCAAAAGCGGACCAUGCCUAGGCCUACUGAAGACAGAAGUUAGCGUGCCAGCAUCGUUGCCCGCACUCCCAAAUAAGAAGGUGGCUGACCUCAGUACUCUGAAUGAAGUAGGCUAUCAGAUCCGAAUUUAACUAAGCCAUAAUGGCCAGCGGUGCUUCUGUCUGCACUUUACCCAGCACAAGGCAUCUUCAGGAGGAUUUGCAAGUCUUUUAUCAAGAUCCUGUGAAUUUUAUUUUUAAGGCGUUGCCUAGAAAUAGUAUAAGUGCAUGAUGAUAUUUACUUUUUAAAAAAACUUAUCAAGUGGCAACCAUGAAAAGACAAAAAAUAUUAAUAAUUAUGAUUACAAUAAGCCCUACCAGGGGCUGGACUAUCUCCUUUACUCCCAAAUGAGAGGACAACUACUCCAAUGGUGGAUCCAUAGAAUUUAUCUCUUUUCUUUAACUGGCGCUGAAUGCUGUGCUACACUGGUAAUCUUAGAGACACGUUUAUGAAGUCUCUUCUCCCCUUUUUUGGUGUUUGGACAGUACUGGCACACAGAAAAGGGUUAACUCAUGAUCAGUAUUAGCAAUAUUCAGCAAUAACUGCAGCAGAGGUGGGUGUGGUUUUUAAAAGCAUUUCUAUUACCUCAAUACCUGAUAGAUAUGCAAACUUGACGGUAUUUAAGUUUUUCUGAUAACUGAUUUGUAUUGUUUCCCUAACAUUUAUAUAAUAGGGAAUUUCCUUGUAAUCAGAGGCUCUCAUUCUGCAUGUCUAUAUUCAAAUUUAAGGUAUUAUUAUAUGCACGUGUUUUCUUCAAAAGCACUGGAACUCUACUGGCAUUUUUGGAAACCAUCUCCCGGACUAUCCUGUCUCUCUUCCUUAAAGGCAUCCCUUGACAGAUGGGUUUUAAAAAGCAAAACAAAACACUGGUCUAUUUUCUGUCGCUAGCAUUUAAAUGUUAUAGACUCCAGCAAAAGCCCACAUGUCUGGGAGCUCUUUGAGGUAGAGUUGGUGCUGUUAGGAUUGUCUCUGACAGUGGAAUAUAUUCUUAGCAGGCCAAGGCCAAGAAUGAAUGAAUGGGUCUGAGCACCAUUUGACCUUUCUUUUCAUGUUUUAUCUAAUUUGGAUACUGAGCCAGGCCUUGUCUCCAAAGGAUUUACUGCUGUUAAAUGCACAGAUUUUUUUUCCUUGAUUGUCUUAUAUUAAGACCAGACAUGACAAUAUGAUCUUUUGUCACACUAGCUCAUAAAUGUCAUUCCACCUAUUUACUCAAAGUAGAAUGAAUUAGGGAAUAUGAUGGAAACAAUCCUUUGAGGAUGAAAAUGAAGAACAUUUGCUAAGCAUUUAUGUUCCAGUACAGCACAUCUGAUAGCGCUAUCUUUAUCUAUUAACCUUAGCGUUAUCCACUAACUUUACCCAUUAACUUCUGGCCUUAAGAUUGGGAUUACCAUGUAACUUCUGGCUAUCGAAUAUAGUUUUGGCAGCACACUGACUUACAGAGUACUUCUUCUAAGUAUUUUCUUAUAACUUCUGUAUAAUACUAGUAGGCCAAAGCUAAAGAUGGAUUUUGCUGUUGUAAAAGGGAGAAGGCUAAGCUUAAUUUUUAGUGAAAGGGUUUUUUCCCCUUCUGCUUUCUUUCAUUUGGCCAGAAGAGUAAGAAAGUACGUAAAAUGAGAACUUAUCCUUUACCAACGUCAAUCCUGAUUAUGUCUUGGAGAAUGGGAUAUAAAUUAAUAUAUUCCUUAUAUUCAUUGAUGCACAAAUAAGAUUACUUUCAACAAACUAGAAUCUAUGGCAAUUACUGAUUGGGAGGGCUAAAACAUGGCAUGAGAUAAUCACAGAACUCACUAUUAUUAAAACAGUAGUAGAGCCAGCAAAAUAAAACCAUACAUUCUUCUAAAAUACCUAUCAGGUUGAAGAUCUUAAAUGUUACUCUUCUAUACCUUUUAAAGGACAAGUUUAUGGCCUCAAUGGGCCUUCAUAUUCAGAUUAUAGCCAUCAGUAACUAGAUCAUAUACAAUGCUGUAGAAUGAGCACUUCAUAUCUGCACAAAUGCUUUUGUACAUUCAUUAACAUCAUUUGAAGGUUUGUAGGAUGGUGAGUGUAGGCUUUUAAAGAAGUUGCAAGCCAUUCUUCUUGAGUUUAUAAUGAGAUUUAUUAUAACAUUGUUAUAGUCUCGACUCAUCUUAAGAUGGGGUGGGGGGGAUAGAAGCAAUACCAAAUUGCGGCACAGCCUGUCAUUUGUGAUUGAAGGGGAAAAAACAAGCAAGAAUGUAUCCUUAUUCUAAUGUAUUGAUAUGAAAUCCUUAAAACUGCCAAUUUGUUUAAUUAGUUGAUUGAUAAAUUAUUUCCUCCACAUUCAGUCCUUACUUUGGGGAUUCACUACCCCAAAGUAAAGGCUAAGUAAUCAUGUAAAUGUCUAAGUAGUACAUUUAUUUAAAAUGUUCUUUGAUCAGCAGUAUAUCUUGAAUCAAUAUAUCACUGUGAUUUUCUAUUUUAUUCUGCUCUUUUCUAAAAGAGAGAAUUCAAAAAUAGGUUGGAUUGAACUUACAGGCUUUCCUUUUUAUGACUUAUGGAAUGAGGCUUGAACAAAGCACAAGUCUCAAUAGCUUAAACCACCAAACCUGUAUGUACUGAUGUUCCAAGGUCAAAAUGAAAAUUAAUUUACAUUUAGAAAAUAUUAAAAUGGGUAAGAAAAAUCAUGUUGUUUUUACCUCAAAUGAAUCAUUUUUUAUUUAAUUGCCUACAGCCUAAGGUAUGGCAAAAUAUCUUUCUCAAGGCUUUGUAAUCUUGUAAAAAAAAUUAUUAAUAAAGAGAGAAAUUUAUCAAACUGUAUCAUGGAAAUACAUGUAAAGUUUAAAUGUGUAUCAGAAACCCUGAUUUUAAAUAUGGUUUGUGCUGUUUUGAGUGCACUUGAUUUCAACAAGUGAUAUUUAGUAUUUUCUAUUAUUCUAAAAUCAUGUGUAUUUCACUUUUUCUAAGUCAAUUAUUUCUUAAAAAAUGUUAUUAAUACUGGAAAAUAAAGCUUUUAAAAUUUAAUUCAGUCUUCUUACACCUGAUGUUUUAUAAGCUGUAUAGCCAUGUGAAAACUUGUAUUAUUUUUUUUAAGUACAAUCAGAAUCUUGUUUAUUCUCUCGGACUUUGUUCUGGCAAAUGCAUUUUUUAAUACUUAAGAAAAACUGUGAUUGUUUCAGUGAUAUUUUUCUAGGUAAAUGAAAACUUGUACAAUGGUGUUUUAGGGAAUACCAGACAGGUGCAUGUUUCAGGUUUUGCUUUUAUUAUCACUUGUAUGUUUCU